UUGGUUUUCACUUCUGAAGUAAAAAUGUUGAAAACUGAGUCUUCAGGUGAACGAACCACUCUGAGAAGUGCCUCUCCUCACAGGAAUGCAUAUAGAACUGAAUUCCAGGCACUGAAAAGCACCUUUGACAAACCCAAGUCAGAUGGGGAACAAAAAACAAAAGAAGGCGAGGACUCCCAGCAGAGCAGAGGGAGGAAAUAUGACUCCAAUGUCAACAGGAUUAAAAAUCUAUUUAUGCAGAUGGGUAUGGAACCCAAUGAGAAUACUGCAGUUAUUGCCAAAACCAGGGGGAAAGGUAGACCUUCCUCUCCUCAGAGAAGAAUGAAGCCCAAAGAGUUUCUGGAGAAAACAGAUGGCUCAGUUGUUAAGUUGGAGUCCUCGGUUUCAGAACGAAUUAGUCGAUUUGACACAAUGUACGAUGGCCCCUCAUAUUCCAAGUUCACAGAAACUCGGAAGAUGUUUGAGAGAAGUGUACAUGGAUCGGGACAAAACAGCUAUACCCCAAAGAAAGAGGAGAAGGCUGGAGGGAGCGAACCUCAGGAUGAGUGGGGUGGGUCCAAGUCCAACCGGGGCAGUACGGAUUCCCUGGACAGUCUUAGCUCCAGGACAGAGGCUGUCUCCCCAACUGUGAGUCAGUUGAGUGCAGUGUUUGAGAACUCGGAUGCUCCCAGUGCUGGUGUUUCAGAGAAGGCUGAAGGUGGUGAAGAGUACUCAGUGACUGGGCAUUACCCACUGAAUUUGCCAUCUACUGUUACACAUCUUGACACUUUUGGUCACCUUAAGGAUCCAAAUUCUUGGUCUCCUUCAAACAAACAAGAUGAUGAUGGAGAGGAUGCUCAAAAGAGCAAUACAACUCCAACACCAACAGUGGCUUCUAAAGGUACCCUAGUCUCAAUGCCUAGUGAAGGGAUACAGCAGAUAAAGGAAGCUGAGGACUCUAUAUCUAGCCAGGAGAUUCCAGAGAGAAUAGUUAAAGAUGUACCCGAAGAGUCUUUUGCUGAAAAUAAGGCAACACCGGAGUCUGAAAUUCCUUCACCACACAAUGAACCUAUAAAAGAUGCUGAAGCUAAUGUGGUUGGGAGUGAGGCAGCAAAGAAAGAGAGAAAAGAACUUGGAGGUGGUGAUUUCACAUCUAGUGAUGCCUCUGGAUCAAGUUAUGGAAAAGAAGUACCUGAAGAUGUAAAUAAUUUUGAGGGUUCCCAUGUUUAUGUGCACAGUGACUAUAAUGUGUAUAGGGUAAGAUCCAGGUAUAAUUCAGACUGGGGUGAGACUGGCACUGAACAGGAUGAACAGGAAGAUAGUGAUGAAAACAAUUACUAUCAACCUGAUAUGGAAUAUUCAGAAAUCAUUGGAUUGCCUGAAGAAGACGACAUCCCAGCAAAUAGGAAAAUUAAAUUCAGUAGUGAUCCAAUUAAGGUUUUCAACACCUACUCAAAUGAAGAUUACGACAGGAGAAAUGAUGAAGUAGACCCUGUAGCCGCUUCAGCUGAGUAUGAACUUGAAAAGCGUGUAGAAAAACUGGAACUUUUCCCAGUGGAAUUAGAGAAAGAUGAGGAUGGACUUGGUAUCAGUAUUAUUGGCAUGGGUGUCGGAGCAGAUGCUGGACUUGAAAAGCUGGGGAUAUUUGUUAAGACAGUGACUGAUGGUGGUGCUGCUCAGCGAGAUGGCAGAAUACAGGUCAAUGACCAGAUUGUGGAAGUAGAUGGAAUCAGCUUGGUGGGUGUUACACAGAAUUUUGCUGCUACAGUUCUUAGAAACACCAAAGGCAAUGUCAGGUUUGUUAUUGGGCGGGAAAAACCAGGACAAGUGAGUGAAGUUGCCCAGUUGAUAAGUCAGACCUUGGAACAAGAGAGGCGCCAAAGAGAGCUGCUUGAGCAGCACUAUGCGCAGUAUGACGCUGAUGAUGAUGAGACAGGGGAAUAUGCCACAGAUGAAGAGGAGGAGGAGGUCGGGCCUGUUCUUCCUGGCACUGACAUGGCCAUUGAAGUGUUUGAGCUGCCUGAGAAUGAAGACAUGUUUUCCCCCUCAGACCUGGACACAACCAAGCUCAGUCACAAGUUCAAAGAGCUGCAGAUCAAACAUGCAGUUACAGAAGCUGAGAUUCAGAAACUGAAGACAAAGCUGCAAGCAGCAGAAAAUGAGAAAGUCCGGUGGGAAUUAGAAAAAAAUCAACUCCAACAAAAUAUAGAAGAGAAUAAAGAAAGAAUGUUAAAAUUGGAGAGUUAUUGGAUUGAGGCUCAAACAUUAUGCCACACAGUGAAUGAACACCUCAAAGAGACUCAAAGCCAGUAUCAGGCACUGGAGAAGAAAUAUAACAAGGCAAAGAAGUUGAUCAAGGAUUUUCAGCAAAAGGAACUUGAUUUCAUCAAAAGACAGGAAGCUGAAAGAAAGAAAAUAGAAGAUUUAGAAAAAGCUCAUCUUGUGGAAGUUCAAGGUCUACAAGUGCGGAUUAGAGAUUUGGAAACCGAGGUAUUCAGGCUACUGAAGCAAAAUGGAACUCAAGUUAACAAUAACAACAACAUCUUUGAGAGAAGAACGUCUCUUGGUGACAUUUCUAAGGGAGAUUCCAUGGAAAACUUAGAUGUUAAGCAAACAUCUUGUCAAGACGGCUUAAGUCAAGACUUGAAUGAAGCUGUCCCGGAGACAGAGCGUCUGGAUUCAAAGGCACUGAAAACUCGGGCCCAGCUCUCUGUGAAGAAUAAACGUCAGAGGCCCUCUAGGACAAGACUCUACGACAGUGUCAGUUCCACCGAUGGGGAGGAUAGUCUGGAGAGGAAGCCAUCAAGCAGUUUCUAUAACCACAUGUGUAUUACUAAAUCACUUCUACCCAAGGGUUUGAGAACUUCCUCUCCAGAAUCAGAUUCUGGUGCUCUGCCCCUCACCUCAGUGGCGAGCAGUGCAUCCUUCUCAUCUGAUCACGUACCUGAAUUUCAAGAAAUACAACAGCACUCAGAAGUGGAGCCUUUAUCCUCUGCUUUGGAAGACACUUCGCUUUCCUCCCUUUCAAAAUCUGAUCAUACAGUGGAGGACUCUUCUUGCCACAAUCAAGCCACCACCAAGAAAAUAUUACAAGAAAAAGAUGAUGCCAAAGUUUCCAAAUCACCAAGAGUAUCCAGUUCAUUGGUGGGGCAAGGAGGAAAAAUUAAGAGGAAGUUUGUGGAUCUGGGGGCACCUUUGCGAAGAAAUUCCAACAGGGGAAAGAAAUGGAAAGAAAAGGAGAAAGAAGCCAGUAGGUCUUCUCCAGGUAGCAGGGUCUUCAGAGUGAAGCUGGAAAACUGGAAAACUAAGGCGUCCACAGCUCAAGCCUCUACUCGCUCACCUUGCGUGCCUUUUUCGUGGUUUCAUGAAAGCAGAAAAGGAUCUUAUUCCUUCAGCAACCUGUCUUCACCUACAACUUCCCUUCAGCCUUCUCCUGAGAGUCUAAAUUCAGAUAAAAAGGGGUCCAAGAAUUUUACCUUCAAUGAUGACUUCAGCCCCAGCAGUACCAGUUCAGCAGACUUGAGUGGCUUGGGAGCAGAACCUAAGACACCGGGGCUUUCUCAGUCCUUAGCACUGUCAUCAGAUGAGGGGCUUGGAAUGACAUCAUCCCAGGACCGAGCAAUUGUCAAAAAAAAACUGAAGGAGAUGAAGAUGUCUCUAGAGAAGGCUCGGAAGGCUCAAGAGAAAAUGGAAAAACAGAGAGAAAAGCUGAGACGGAAGGAACAAGAUCAAAUGCAAAGGAAGUCCAAAAAGACAGAAAAGACCCCAUCAGAUGCAACCCAGGGUGCUAGUGAGCCGUAGCACACACCUCGGUGCAGAGGGGGGAUGCUCCAGAGAACACCU